GACGAACUCCCUCUCUGUGCUAGGCUCACUCAUCUCUAUUAUUGUCUAACCCCAGAAGUUCUACCUCUACACUUCUUACAAUGUCCAAGUCCCCCGAGCCAUGUACCUGGAAAAACGGCUUCCGACAGCCCUCUGCAGGCGAGCCUUGGAGAUAUCCCAAGCCUGAUGCAGAAAUAUUCCCUAAUCCUCAAUCGCACCAUGUGACUCCUCCCUCUGUUGAUAUCGUGACUUCCUCUGUGCAUAAUCCCCUUGGGGAGAGCAGACUGCGGUCAUGGCCCACCAUCUUCAACGGCACGAACUCGCCCGCUGGACCACUGGGUUGGUGGGAACCAUCGAGCGAGGUGGAUGUGCUCAUUUUAGGAGCCGGACCAACAGGUCUAGAAAUCGCUCUCAGCCUUGUCCGCCAGGGCAUUAAGAUCCGGAUUCUGGACAAAACCGAAGGGCCUCUGCCUACCGGCCGUGCCGAUGCUGUAUUGCCCCGAUACUUGGAGCUCCUUCAUGUAUGGGGCAUCGCGACGGAGACGGAACUCUUCCACGGCCGCACGCAUCAAUCGGACUUCCGGUACCGGGGCCUCAACGUCAUCACACAGGGUCAGCUGGAGCGGAUCUUUGUCCGAGAUCUGCUGCGGCAUCAAGUGCUGGGCGAGCGUUGCACGACUCUUCAAGAGUACAGGGUUUCUGGAUCUCCUGGAGAUCCUGAAAAGCCUGUCCGAGCGGUUAUUCGAGAUAACCGGACCGGUGAGACAGAGACCGUUCGCGCCAAGUUUCUGGUUGGAAGCGAUGGAGCUGCGAGCAUGAUCCGCAAGAAGCUCAAUAUCCCCUUCCAUGGCGUGAGUACGGAUAUGUAUUGGGGCAUCAUGGACGGGAAAUUCGAGUCUGACUACCCUCAUGCGUGGAUCUUUGGCGGCUAUCUGAGUACGGAGCAUGGUUGCUGCGUGAUUAUUCCGCGCGAGGACGGGCAUAUUCGGCUGUAUACGCAGCUCAACUUGUCACUGAUUGAGCCUGGAGGCAAGGUGGAUACUAACUCCAUCACGCCCGAUGAGGUCCUCGAGCAGGCGAAUCGCAUCUUUACACCGUAUACUGUCCGGGUUGCCUCGCCGCUGACCUGGUUUGCGAUUUGGAAAGUCAGUGAGCGGGUUGCAGAGGCCUUUUCCUCUGAUGGUCUGCGAGUUCACCUCGCAGGUGAUGCUGCCCACGUCCACAUUGUCUUCGGAGCCUUUGGACUCAACGCCUCAAUCCUCGACGCCUCUAACCUAGCCUGGAAACUCGGCUAUUGCGCGCGCAACCUAUCCCCAAUCUCAGCCCUCCUUCCGACGUAUGACUCGGAACGCCGUCUGCAUGCCGCCAACGUCGUCGAGAUAUCCGGCAAAUACCUCCGCUACUGCUGCAACUCCGAUGCUCCCGUGCUGCACACCCACUCGCUGGGCAAGGACCUGGGCGCCGAGGCUAUCCAACACGCCGUGCGCGGGGAACCUUACGGCCUAUUCCCACCCGGCACUUCAUUGCCCGAACACCUCUACUUAGCAGACUUCUACACCAAGUACGGCGCCUUCAUGCUCGGACUAGAUGUUGCCUACGGAAAGUCCGCCUUAUGCCGUCGCCACCCCUCCGCAUCAGACCUCGAGACAUCGCCAGUUGUGGCUGUCGACAGCGGUGUUCGCGCGCCGAACCCGCGGGUGAGUCUCAACCGCAACAGCACAGGCUAUUUGUAUGAUGUAAUGCGCGGCGCCGGGUUCUUUCACCUGGUUCUGUUCGUCUCCUCCUGGGAGGGCGCGGUGGCCACUUAUGUCAGGCGGUUUGCGCAGGCGCUGGCCAAUCCGAAUGGGUUCUAUGUUCGCUUUGGAGGUCGCAGAGUGUUUAAUGUUGUGGUUGUGACGAAGUGUCUGCCGUUUGAGAUUGAAGAGAGGCUGGCAGACCCGGCGUUGCAGGCUCUGAAGGCGAUUGCUACGGUCGUCUCGGAUGAUCGUGCGCCGGAUGAGGACGGGCAUACCGUGUGGGGGGUCAAUCAUGGCACCGGGGCGGUUGUCGUUGUCAGGCCUGACCUCUGGGUAGGAUGUAGUGUUCGACCGGAUCGGGUGAAGGACCUGGAUGAGUAUUUUGCGGGGUUUUUGAUCCCGCAGAUUACCCCAAUUCUCACGGAUUUGCCUAUCUACAUGAAUACAAAGUAUAUCAAAACCUGA